UCCGACUGUUUUUAUUUUAAUAGAAACAUUGUUAUCAUCAAAUCAACAAAGAAUAUCUUCACUUCCAUCAUCUCUCCCUUCCUCUUCCCUCCCCUUUUCUUCAUCUUCCCUUGUUCUAGCCGAUCCCAACUUUUCUCACCAAUCAGCCUAUUCUCCCCCAGCAGAGCCCAAUCCAAUUUUGGCAUCAGAAUAUCAACAAAAUGAUGACGAAAUUGGAGGAAAUAGUGAAGUCUUGUAUGAUGAAUCGUCUUUAAAAGAAGAAGAAAAAUUAAAAAAUAAUUUAAUAAAUAAUCUAAAAAUUAGACAAAAUUUAAAAAAAGAUGAGCAAAUGGAUGGAUUAGUAGAAAAAUCCAAAAAAGAAAAAAAUAGUUUUUCCUCGUCAGAAUCACAAGGGUUAAUUAAAAGAAGACAGUUUAGCCAAUAUGGAGCAGCACAAAUUGGAGGAAUGCCAGAAAUGCCUACAGGAAUUGGUCAAUUUAAAAUUCGGGAAAAGGUUUACAAUACGUCCCACUCAUGA